CUACAUGGUGCGCGUCAAGGCAGUGGUGAUGACCAGAGACGAGUCCAGCGGCGGUUGGUUGGCGCAGGACGGCUGUCUGAGCAGGGUGGGGGUGUGCAGGCUGCUGCCCAACGAGCUUCAGGGACGGAACCGCUUCCUGAUCCACGGAGAGCGGCUCAAAGACCGGCAGGUGAUUCUUGAGUGUUUCUUGAAAAAAGACCUGGUCUACACAAAAGCCACUCCCACGUUCCAUCACUGGAAGGUAGACAACAAAAAGUGUGGCCUAACCUUUCAGUGCUCGUCUGAUGCCCGAGCAUUUGACCGUGGGGUGAGGAGGGCUCUGGAGGAUCUGGCAGAAGGCUUGCAGCAGAGGGAGGGAACCAGGAGGGUCCAGAGGCUAGUAGUUGGCAGAGGGCUUAGCAACGGCAGGGCUCGACUUCAGACUUAUCAGUGUUCAGGUCCAGAGUUUCUUCCGAUCCUCUUCUUGAGAGCGGGCAGGCAGUCACUACACUGGACAAGUAGCUUGCCCAACACUGCGUAUAACCUAGUAGGUUUGACCAUAGUAAUGACCAAUUGUUGGCUAUAUUCAGCCCUGGGUCAAGCUGUCUUCCUUUUACAAACUAUUUGUAUUGUUUCAUCUCCUCCAUUUCUUCUCCAGACUGCCACUGACAGCUCAUCCAACUCGUCUCAGAGGAGAGAGCCCACCAUGCAUGUGUUGGCUCCGGCCAAUUUCUGCGAGCCGCGUCGACACCACUGCAUCCUGGGACAUUUCUACGAACAUCACCGGCCCUCUGACCACUACUUCCUCGACCCGGCAGUACACAUCUUUCCUCGUCAUGCCAACUUCCCUUUGGAGGAGGAGGAGAUUGUUCGCAUUAGCCCUCACGAGCGAACCUGGCUCACCGGCUAUGAGGACUACCGGCACGCCAACUCCACACGUGACAAACUCAUGCAGCCACACAUCCCGGACACCUGUGUGCACUUCACCAAGAGUGAGCCGCCCAAACACAACUACACGUACCCGUACCCUCUGAGCUGCGGCGUGCAGCGAGGCUAUGACAGCAAGCCGGGCUGCCUGGAGAUGGGAGGUGGUCGCAGGGCAGUGGUGACGCUGCAGCCUCGACCUCCUCAGUCCAAAGGGAAGUGUCGCAUGGAGGAUGGGGAGCGUUUUCGCUGCGUUUACUGUCAGGACAUGUUCAACCGCGAGGAAAAUGGGCGGGGCCAGUGCCAGGAGGCACCUGACCCCAUUCAGACCUGUAUCCGCCGGGUCAGCUUCAUGUGGUGCGCCGACAGCCUGCUGUAUCACUGCAUGUCGGAUCCGGAGGGCGACUACUCGGACCCGUGCUCCUGUGACACCAGCGACGAGCGCUUCUGCCUGCGCUGGACGGCGUUGAUCGGAUUGUCGCUGGUGGCGCCCUGCAUGUGCUGCUACGCCCCUCUAAGGGCAUGCCAUCGCUGUGGGGUGGCUUGCCGCUGCUGCGGUGGGAAACACAGAGCUGUGGGCAGAUCAUUCUGGACCAGCAGAUGGAGAAGUCAUGAUUUCCUUGUAAACACAAGGACACAUUCACCGCUGUAGAUGAAAUCCUACAUCGUAAUUAUGUCUGGUCAGGUUCCAGCCCCGCAGGACCUAACCCCGUCAUCAGCCCAUCAUGCAUUGCACAGUUGAAAAUGGACUUCCACGGGUGAAAAAUAGGACAAAGAAUAUGGUAAUUAUGAGUUUUUACACAAAGGGAAAUUCUAAGUCAAUAAGAAAAUGACAACAUAUUAAAGUCACGGGUUCAACUAGUCGUGGAUCCCUUCAUGGAGAUGUCCGAAUGUCGCAAAGCGGUGCUAUGGGUCACAUGAUUCAGUCGAUCCUUUAAAGUUUCUUGGGAGUGUUUUUAAGAAGAGAAACCUGGAUUAGGAAUCAGUAGAAAAAUCUUAAAUUAAGCUUAUAAUUGUGUCAAAUUUUACACAUUGUUGCUUUAACUUUUAAAACAUGUAUACAUUCAUUCUACACAGAGUUAUAUAUUUCAAGAGCUUGUUGAUAUUUAUUUGAAUGAUUCUAGCUUCCAGAAAAAAAACUAAAUCUAAUAAAAUCAGAGGUAUCUAGAUUACCCUAAUUUAAUAUUAGGUAGCACUAAUUUAAAAUUCUUUAUUAUAAUAAAAGUAGAAAGUAGUCGUCCAGGAAAUUGCUCUAGUUGGAAUAAAAAAGCAUUUGGUAAAAUAGCUGCUCAAGUUCUGAGGAUCUGUUGGUUCAUUAUUAUUAUCUGAUUAAAUUAUAAAUAUCCAGACAUAUAUGGAUUAGGUACAAUUAAUUAUAUUUUAAAGUAUGAAAUAAAAAGAAACCCCACCCAAAAAUAACAUGAUUGAUUAAAAAUAAGAUUUGUUUUUCAGAAGAAACAAUUUAUAGCAUAAUUUUUUUCAACAUAAACCUAUACAUAACCAUGUUUAGUUGGUUAUGUAUAUAUGUCAGGAAAGGAUAAAGAAAUUCUAGCUAAAAUAUCUACUGUUUAUUGUAUUUUUAACUGCAUAUUUCAAUAGCUCAAGUAGCCAGAAAUAUUACUCCAGUUAGAGUAACGAUAC